GCCAUCGAUGGUGCCAUCUCCCGCGUUAUGGCACACUGCUCGGCGAUUAGGGAACAGCUGAAAACCACAUGCCCCACAGUUCAUGACCGGCGGGCACAGCACAGCUACAGCAACUGCAGUGGCGGUGCCAUGAUGAGCCUCGACCUCAGUCGAGCAUUCGACGAGGCAGCUACGCUGUUUGCGGAUGAUACCCACUUCGCAUGGACGAUCAAGUCAAUUUCAGACUUAAAAUUUAUGAUCAAAUGCGUUCGGGUGACCUUUCAGACCUUCAAGGAGUUUGGGAUGACCUUAAACAUGGAUAAGCCCAUGCCGACGAUGGAUAUCGACGCGGAGGAAGCAGCCCGGGCGCAGACCGCGAGGGAGGAGAUGCUCAUGGUGCUGGGGGGACAGGCCCCAGCGGAGAUACCCAACCCGAAUGCCUCGGGCGAGCCGGAGAAGGAGAACGACGCGGACGAGGAAAAUCGUCGCAAAUGGCCGAAACCGUCAGCCAAGGGCGGGAAGGGAGCUCAGCACGGAGGGUGGCACGGAAGCUGGGGGAGCCAGAAGCGCCAGUGGGAGUCCCAUCGGGACAGCUCCUCUUCGGAGCAGCUUCCCCAGCUGGACAAAGCCACGCAGGACUUGAUGCGGGGCAUGGUUCGAGUUGUAUUAAGGCACGAAGCCGAGAUCCAAAGGCUCAAGACGGACAUCGGCUAUAUGGCCUUCAUAGGAACUGUGAAGAGCCCGCUCCGCUUGGUUCUCUUCAUGACCAUGCUCCAGCUGCUCAAAACCAAGGCCGAGGAGCUCCUGAGCGACGAGACCAAGCUUCAGCGAUGCAUGACGGUCGAUUGGACAGUCGAGGGCCCGACUGCCUUGAGCCCAGCGUGGGUGUACCACUCCUGGGAUCCGAGUGCCAAGAAGCAGAUCGUGGCGGAGACGCAUCCGCUGGCGCAUGCAGAGGCCCUUCGCCAGGUGGACCUCUUGCUCCAUCAUGCGCCCCAGGACGGCGCGCUGAAGAACUUCAAGACGGCUCGGCGCAUGUCGGCGAAGGACAGCUACACCGCGGAGGUUCUCCCUUGGAUGGUGUCAAUAGGGCUCCGGGGCGAGUCCAGCAACAUCUGCUACCAUGCACUCAAGAUCUUGAGCGGCUCAGCGAUCAUGAAAUUGAUUGGCGUUCGAAUCCGGCCGGAGCGAGGGCAGGAGCCGCAGCUGAUCAAGCAGCUCAAGGAGUCCUACAUGGGGACAACGUUCUGCGAUUGGGCGAAGAACAGUGUCGUGCGGCUAUCCGUGGGCGCUCCUCAGCUUAAGCUUCCUGUUUCCAAUGAUCCCUCCGCAUGCUACGGAGCCUUGCAGGCUGGUCUGCGCGUGCUCCGUGACCCCGGCUGCCCGCUACUGCUGACGUUACCAGGUGCAGUGGUGGCCUUGCCUGUUUUCACUGAGGAUGGCGAUGCCUGCACGCGAUUAGAGCCUUUUCGGGUCAUUGCAGUAGUCUUUCAUCUGGGUCCCACAGUAACUAGUGGUCACUAUCAAACCCUCCUAGGGAUGCCUGCCGACAAUGAUUGGAUGUUGUAUAUUUGCGAUGAUAAUCGCAAACCUAGGAAGGCAAAUAAUAAAGACCUUGCCCUGGUAGAUCAUAAUGCCUACCUGGUGGGGCUUCUGCGAUGCCCUUAA